AUGGGGACACGCAUAAAACAGCUUUUUUCACAAAAUCAGUCAUUACGAAUUUUUGAGAUUACAUUUGGACUUAGUUCACAGCGCCUGCAACGUACAACGGCCAUGAAAGUAAUUUUAAUGGGUUUAGAGGAGUUAUGUACGGCGUAUCUAGAUGACAUCGUCGUCCAUGGGUCAAGUUUACGCGAUCACCAAAAUAAAUUAGAACAGGUAUUCACACGUUUGAGAUCGCAUAAACUUAAGUUACAGCCAGCGAAAUGUGCAAUCUUACUUAAAGAGGUGGUAUAUUUGGGGCAUUUGAUUAGCGAAAACGGGGUAACAUCAGAUCCGAAUAAAUUAAGUUGUAUUAAAGAUUAUCCAAGACCUUUAACUGAGAAGGAUGUUAAAUCCUUCUUAGGAUUACUUAACUAUUACCGCCGAUUCGUUGACAAUUUCGCCAAAAUUGCUAAGCCUCUAACGAACUUAUUGAAAAAGAACACACCAUUCGUAUGGACUGACAUGUGCGAAGACGCUUUCCAAGAAUUAAAAAAAAGCAUUAAUGAACCCACCUCUGUUAGUAUACCACACCCUAACUGGGAAAAUGGAAAUUUUAACUUAAUGAUGGAUGCAAGUCAAUAUGCUAUUGGGGCCGUCCUUUCACAAGGGAAGGCACCAAAAGAUCAACCAGUAAUUAUGCAAGUAGGACGUUAA